CUGACUGUGAACACACAGAAACUGGGGUCCCCCCCCCGGCACCAGGACAGGACUAAAGCGCAAACAGCAAACGUGAUUCAUUUUAAAAAUCCCGCCCUUUCUGCAGAUAAAGCAGGAGACAAAUUCCUGGGCCGGCGUGUGACAAAACCGGAGAGGAUUCCAGGAACUGUUUCACAGGGUUGAAAUUAUAUAGCGCCUUUCAUAGCAUUCAUCUGCAGCGCUUAUCUCAUGACGUCAGUCCCAACCGCAGCAGAAGCGCUGUCUUAAAGGGGUGAAAAAAAAAGCCAUGACGCUCAAGGAUCUUAUCUUAUGUUAUUAAGGACAGGUAGAUCAAUCCCAGCACAGAGAGCUGCCCGGGAGUCGCCACGGGAGAGGGGGGCGUCGAAGAGCCGUUUUGGCGAAAUCUUCUUUCUUAUUCUGGGUGUUGGUGCUGUCAGCAUGCGAAGGAUUGGCGCUCUGGUGCUGAUAGCCAGCUUGGCGGUGGUGCGGUGCAGGAGCUCCGAGGAGAAUCACGGAGAAGGCGGCGACGCGGAGGACUACCUAACUGGAGAUGAUAUCCUAAACCUUGGGCAGCAGUGGGGCACAACAGAGCCCUUCACCACCAUGACAGCCAACCUCUCCGAUGUCACCAGCAUAAAAUCCUCCUUCCAGUUCCGCACCUUGGACUCGGAGGGCGUGGUGUUUUACGGCGACACGAAGGCUGGGGAAGACUGGUUCGUGCUCGCGCUGCGGGGGGGCAUCCCCGAGAUGCAGAUCGGCAAGUCCAGCUCCCGGGUCUCGGUGUCGGGGGGGCCACGCCUCGACGACGGCCGCUGGCACCAGGUGCAGCUGCGCAGCGAGAAUCAGUUUGUGGUCCUGGAGGUGGACAGGGUGGCCGUGCUGACCGUGGGGCUGCACUCUGUGGACGACUCCGAGCUGCUGGGCCAGAUCCGCCUGGCGCUGGGGGGGAUUCUCGUCGACAGUUCCCUGCUCUUCCCUACACUGCGCCCGGAGAUGGAUGGAUGCAUACGCGGGGGGACCUGGCUGAAUCUGAGCACCCCGUGGGUGUCGACCCUUCGCACGGAGCCCAAGCCCUGCUUCGCCAACCUGAUCCAGGGCAGCUAUUUCCUAGGCACGGGUCUCGCGUUGUUCCAGAGCACAGACUUCCCCCUAAGCCCGGAGAACAGGACCUUGACUGUGGAGGUGAGCCUGCGUCCGGAGAGGUGGAGUGGCACUGUGCUGGCUGUACAGACCCGGGAUCACCGAUUGCUGCUGUCCCUGUCUCUGGACGUGUCCAAAGACUGUAACGAACUGUCCGCGCAGCUGGUGGUGUUCACGAGUACCUUGUCAGUGCACAUGUGUUUACCUCCGGACCCUGAGGACAACCUGGUGGUUGUCAUAUCAGAAAAGGAGGCCCAGAUCAGGACUGGGCCGGACAGACCCCCCGCAGUGCUAGAAGACAUGGAGGAGAUGUUGGAGGCCUGGGAGAAAGGGGCCCUGCUCUCCUUUGGUGGAACGCCAGACGGUUCUGACACCAAUGGCCCUGCGGAUCAGAGCUACUUCCGGGGAUGCAUGUAUGGGAUCCGUGUCCAGGGGCGAGCGCUGGACCUGGAUCGGAGUUUCUACAAGCACGGCUCCAUCUCGUCGCAUAGCUGCCCAAAGAAAAAGAUUGAAAAGCCAUCACACUCCCAAUUCUUUGGAGGCAGACUUUCAGUUUCUGGAGCCAUCAGUGUCUGGAGUAGCACCAUUAUACAAAAAUACAAAGCUAAAAAAGCUCACUAGAGGUAGCUCCAGUUCCUUGGGCUUUGGUCCGCUGCACGUUUUACAGCUAUCCAGAUGAUGAUUGGUCAGGACCUAAAACCCCACCUGGGCUUCUUAUCACAAUAAUAGCUCGAGGAAAACAAAUUCAGGUGGAAUGAGACCCAGGAGAUGGAAGCAAAGCCUUACUUUUCCAUUUAUACUUUUAUUUCUCCCAUCCGGAACAGCAGGCUUAUAAAAAAAACAAAAAGCAGGCGGCAGUAAUGAUAAAAAUUCAAUUCAAUUCAGUUUAUUUUUAUAGAGCGCCUUUCACAACAAGGGUUCCCCGGGGCGCUUAACAAUGUAAGUGACCAUACAUGUUAUGAAUACAGAACAGAAAAGACCAGAAGACAACGGAGGGGAGGAACCAAAAACCUCUAGGGGGUCCAAGGUCAACUGGCUGCCCAACCCCUUUGGGCAUGCUAACAUUAUACAAUUAAAAAAGAAAUGAAUAAAGGUAUUAAUCCAUCCAUCAUGUCUUCUGUCAGUAUUCCAUGCAGAUCUCUGUAAUUUACAAACAAAAAACGUAACUGUCUCUGCAGACUGAGGUAUUUUAACACAUUUCCGCCUUCAGCCUGUUUCACGAGGAAUGACAGCAGCUGGAAGGUUGGGAGAAAUUAUAAUAGUUUAUUGGGCUGUGUUGAAUGAGCCCGGCUGCCUCCAUUCCUCCUGAACUUCGAUUUAAAAACUCCAUUACUUGUACACAAGACUGAUUAUCCUCAAAUUCUGCAGGAAAUGCCAUGUGCCUGUAAGUGGUAAACAUGAUGGCAGCCGUUAAGCUCAUUAAAGUUUGUGUGCCAACGCAU